UCACCUGAACAGCUCCACUGAAGUCGUGAGCCUUUGCCGGGAGAGUUUGAUCUGCAGUGGAGCUGUUCAGGUGAAACCAAUGGGGCAAAUCGAGUGGGCGAUGUGGGCCAAUGAGCAGGCGCUGGCAGCCGGCCUCAUUCUCCUCACUGGAGGAGUUGUGGGGGUGGCCGGACAGUUCAGAGGCUGGCAGUUUGCUGCAUACGCUGUCGCUGCCGGAGCGUUUGUGUGUCUACUCGAGUAUCCCAGAAGCAAGAGGGCCAAGGGGACGAGUGUGGCGAGAACGGGUCAGUACUGCUUCACAGUGUGCGUAAAAGCCUUCGGCCCGCUGACGAGGAACUACUACGUCAGAGCGUUUCUGCAUGCCGCAAUCUGCGUACCUGGAGGUUUCAUGCUCGCCACGGUCCUCGGAUGUGUCUGCUUGGGCAUUGCCAGCCUAAUUUACCUCGCAGCAGCCAUCCGAGGCGAACACUGGGAGCCCAUUCUUCCGAAGAAGGAAACCCGGAAGCCGGUUGCACAGAGCAUCAAGAACCCUCCUCAGAAUCCACCGCCAAGGCCUCCUGCAGAGCUGCGCAGGAAACAAGCGAAGGACCUGGAGGCGGCAGCGUACGACAACCCCAUGCCCGUCACUCUGGACGAGUGACCGAUCCCGGUCCUCUGUAGCCCUUCUCCUCUAAAAAAAAACAGUUACGGUGGAAUUCUGUCCCUCUGGAUGAACAAAUAGCUUUCUGAAGUUUAGUGAAGCUCGUGACUGAGCGACACGUUGAGCGCACUUCUUCUUACCUCAACUUGUCAAAAAGUAAAAUGCUAGGAGGAGAAUAGAUGAAGUGAAUCUUGUAUUUUAUUGUGUUUUUAAACAAGGAUGAAUGUAAACGCUGUAGCUGCUAAGUGGCAACCACAAACCAAUGCUGUCCAUUUACAGGACUGUAGGUCUGUUGGUGUUAGUUUACUGCUCUGAUGAAAGAUCAAACCGUUUUCUGUUCCAGCUGCCUUAUAUUUCAAGUUCUACCGCAUUGCGUCCUCACACUGAAUUAUGUCUCUGCUCUUACCCCCUGUGUGUUCUUAUCGUUAUUGAACAUAUUGGGUUCUGGCUGUUCCGUGCUGAUAUUAGCCACUUCUGAAAGAUUUUUGUCUGCAUUUUUUGAUGUGUUGUAAAUAAAGCCCUCGCAUCCUUUGAAUUAUUAA